AUGACAAACUUGGUUUCUUGUUCCACAUUUCUUGUUCUCUUCCUAGCAUUCAACUUUGCAUAUUCUGAUCCGUUCCUUGGAGUGAACUAUGGACAACUCGCCGACAACCUUCCACCACCGUCAGCCACCGCGAAACUACUCCAAACCACCGCAUUUGAAAAAGUCCGAUUAUACGGAACCGAUCCUGCCAUAAUCAAAGCUCUAGCCAACACCGGGAUCGGAAUUGUAAUCGGAGCUGCAAACGGCGACAUACCAGCACUCAGUUCCGAUCCAUCUUUCGCAAAAACCUGGAUAAACACCAACGUGAUUCCCUACUAUCCCGCUAGCAACAUCAUCCUCAUAACCGUUGGUAACGAAGUGAUAGAUUCAAACGAUACGAAUCUUGUGAACCAGAUGUUGCCGGCGAUACAGAACAUGCAAGGCGCACUUGAGGCGGUUUCUCUCGCUGGCAAAAUUAAGGGUUUGUUGUCGUUUAACAAAGAUACUGGUUCUCCUUUUGCUAUUAACCCUUACCCUUAUUUUGCUUACAAAAGUGACCCUGGAAGAGCAGAUAAUUUGGCCUUUUGCCUUUUUCAGCCCAACGCGGGCCGAGUUGACUCGAACACUAAGCUCAAUUACAUGAAUAUGUUUGAUGCUCAGGUGGAUGCGGUUCGAUCUGCCUUAGAUGCUAUGGGUUUUAAGGAAGUUGAGAUUGUAGUUGCGGAGACAGGGUGGCCAUACAAAGGGGAUCCCGAUGAGGCUGGACCGAGUAUUGAGAAUGCAAAGGCUUACAACGGUAAUCUCAUUACACACCUGAGGUCCAAGGUUGGGACUCCGUUGAUGCCGGGGAAAUCAGUGGACACAUACAUAUUUGCCUUGUAUGACGAGGAUUUGAAACCUGGAGCUGCUUCUGAGAGAGCCUUUGGGCUUUACAACCCUGAUCAAUCAAUGAUAUAUGAUGCCGGCCUCUCGAAGGAAAGUUCUACUCCUACUAGCAGCCCCGUGGCCGCACCGAUUAAUCCGGAUGUGUCAAAAUCUCCUUUGAAUUUGACGCCAAAAGUUUCAAGUCCAACAUUACCGUAUAAUAGUAACAUAGCAUGGUGUGUGCCAAAACCAGGAUUAACUGAUGUGCAGCUACAAGCAAACUUAGAUUAUGCUUGUGGGCAGGGGAUUGAUUGCAGCUCAAUCCAACCAGGAGGAGCUUGUUUCGAACCUAACACAUUAGCAAAUCAUGCAGCAUAUGCCAUGAAUCUCUUUUAUCACACUGGGCAAAAUCCAUUAACUUGUGAUUUCUCACAGACAGCCACACUAACAUCAAAUAACCCAAGUUAUAAUAGUUGUGUUUAUGCUGGAGGGAAUGCAUAG